AUGGACCGGGCUAGUAAUAGUAAUGUUGGACCGACAAGAAGGACAACUUGUUUUAACGGACAUGAUGUUGCUUACUACAGUUUUGGAGUUGGACCAGAGGCACUCGUUUUCAUCCACGGCUGGACAUGCAGCAGCAUACUCUGGAGGCAGGCAGGCGACUCUCUUUUGCGCCGACACCACCGGUCACUUCUGAUCGACUUACCGGGCCACGGAGAGAGUUACGCCGACAAGCCUGACCAUCUGGAGAAGACCGAGUACGGCCAAGAGGUGUUUGCACGAUCGGUGAAAGCAGUCCUCGACAAUGCUGGCGUCACGAGAGCGGUAUUGGUUGGCCACAGCAUGGGCGGUCCGGUGUCGACGAUGGUGCUUCGAUUAUUCACCCCUGUUGUGCAGGGGAUUAUUUAUGUGGACUCGUUCUUCCACAGCCCAGAGACAUACAUGUCCGGAACCGAACGACGAGAACUGGCAAAGAAACUUCAGAGAGACAGUGACUUCGAAGCGAUGAUCAACAACAGGUUCUGGACGGAGCGGACAAACCAAGAGUCUCGAACCAAAAUUACAGAGACAAUGAUGGCGACCAGGCUGUACGUCAGGGUCAACGCGGUGACUACGGAUUCAUUGCCCCAUGCCUUUCGAUUUGACGAGAUAUAUCGCGUCCCGGCGCUCUUGAUCGCAACGCCGGAAAGAGCAAACAUUGAUCCACAUUGGCUGCAUCAUAUGCCGGAACUGAAGAUUUCGGUCUGGGAAGACCAUGGCCAUUUUUUGUUUAUGGAAGAUCCGGAGCGGUUUGCUGCGGAAGUGGAGGGAUUUUUGGUCGAGCAUAACUUCUGUUGCCUGUGA